AUGAAUUCAUUUGAAGAUUCUCAACCCUCGUAUACCCUAUUCUUUCAAAAUCGUCAACACCACGAAAAUCGAACGAAGAGCAAACAUCGAUCGAUUAGGGUUGAUGCGCUCAAGAAAUCGACUCGUCGACUCGCCACUGCCGGUCUGCCGCCACCGGUCACUCCAUUGUUAUCUCCGUCAUCGUCGUUCCAGAAAAAUCUUAACGAGGUUUCUUUGAUUCAGGAUGAAGUAUCUGCAGUUGGAUCUAAUUUGGAGGCACUUAAGAGAUGAAUUCAUUGGCAAAAUGUUUGGCCUGAAUGAAAAGAUUAGAAAUCAACCCAUUAGGUAUAUGGCCAAGAUUAUGAUCUCUGAAGAAAUCAGCUACACAAAUGCAUAUAUGGAUUCUGCCAUUUAUGAAGCAUUGAUCAGUUACACAAUCUCAUAAGGUGGUUUGAUUGAGAUCUUCAAAUACACAACUUACCGUCUUGUAUUUAAUUGUUUUAGUUUCCAAGAGCAUUUGAUUGAUUCCUUUGAUUGACUUUUAGUUUUUUGAUAUCGAUUCCAAGAG